AUGUCUCGUGUUAUUGUGAAAGGAUUACCUAAAUACUUGAAAGAGGAUCGGUUAAGGGACUUGAUCGAGAAAAGAUUGAGAGAUAAGCACCAAAGCAGUGAUGUUAAGCAGUAUCUCAGUGAUGUCAAGUUGAUGAAGAAUAGGGACAAUGAGUCCAGAAGGUUUGCGUUCAUUGGUUUCCGUGAUGAAGAGGACGCAUUUGACUGUGUGAAUUUUUUCAACGGCACGUUUGUCGAUACAUCCAAGAUUGAGGUGUCUAUGGCCAAGAGUUUUGCGGACCCAAGGGUUCCUCAGCCAAUGCGUGAGAAGCGUAGGGAGGCUUUGAAAAGACUUAGAGAGAGAGAAGAGAUGUUGUUGGGUGAAAAACAGGAAAAGAAUAAGAAAUCCAAGCCUGAAAGCAACAAAAAGCACGAUAUCGAUGCGGAAAUUGCCAAGAACAAACAGUUGCAAGAGUUCAUUGAGACAAUGAAACCUUCCAGCCAAGUGACGUCUUGGGAAACGGUUCAGUCUUCAAAAUCUCUAGAAGAGCAACAACAAGAGCAAGAAAAACUUGGUGAAGAUAAAGAUGUUGGAACUGAAAAUGCGGAUGACGAAGGAGCUUCCUCCAACCCAUUGCUUUCGCAAGCGUUAGCCUUGAAGACGGGAUCAGGUACUGCCGAUGAAGAUGUGGAUAUGUUUAAGAUACCAGGAAAUGAAAGUGACGAUGAAUAUGUGGAACUAAACAAAAAUGGCAAGAGCAACAACAACGAAGAAGAUGACAGUGAAUCGAAGAUGAUGAGUCUUGAUUCUUUUGUUCCGGCUGAUGAUAUUGCAAAGGACGAAACAGUUUCUGAUUUAGACUGGUUAAAGAACCGUAGAGUGAGAAUUAAGGAUGGUGCGGAAACACCGGAAAGUAAAGCAGAGGAUGGGAAAGUAUCCCAAGAAGAACAAGGACAAGGACAAAGAGAAGAGGCCGCCCAAGAGGCCGCCCAAGAACCUGAGGAACCUCAAGAAUCUGAGGAGGAAAGAGCUCUAAAAAAGAUUAGGGAAACAGGCCGUCUAUUCUUGAGAAAUAUUCUAUACACAGCAACAGAAGAUGACUUUAGGAAACUCUUCUCCCCAUACGGAGAACUAGAAGAAGUGCACAUCGCUGUGGAUACAAGAACGGGUCAGUCUAAAGGUUUUGCAUAUAUACUAUUCAAGAAGCCCGACGACGCUGCGACUGCAUACGUUGAACUUGAUAAACAAAUUUUCCAAGGUAGACUUUUACAUAUCCUACCUGCAGAUGCUAAGAAGUCCCACAAGUUGGAUGAGUUUGACUUGAAGAACUUGCCCUUGAAGAAGCAAAGAGAAUUGAAGCGUAAGGCUAACAGUGCGCAGCAGACUUUCUCAUGGAAUUCGUUGUAUAUGAACCAAGACGCUGUUUUGAGCAGUGUUGCUGAUAAGUUGGGGAUGAAGAAGGCCGACUUGAUAGAUGCUGAGAACUCUUCCUCUGCUGUUAAGCAGGCCUUGGCUGAAGCGUCGGUGAUUGGUGACGUACGGAAGUUCUUUGAGGCUAGAGGUGUUGAUAUUGCCAAAUUUGGUCAAUUGAAGAGCGGUGAGCGUGAUGACCGUGUAAUACUUGUCAAGAACUUCCCAUAUGGGACCACCAGAGAGGAACUUGCAGAGUUGUUCCUUCCAUUUGGUAAGUUGCAAAGACUUUUGAUGCCUCCAGCUGGUACCAUUGCCAUUCUACAAUUUAGAGACGUUCCAAGUGCAAGAGCUGCAUUCAGCAAGAUUUCGUACAAGCGUUUCAAAGAUGGUAUCAUAUACCUUGAGAAAGGUCCAGCAAACUGUUUCACCAGAGAUGCACAAGGUGAUGAGCUAGUGGACGGUGAUGCUACUGAGGAGAUAAACGCUAAGGAAGCCAAGAUUUCUAGUGCUGAUCUACUCGAAUCCAAGGGUAACGUUGAGGGCUCUGCCGCUGCGGGUGGUGAACAAGUAGAUGAUGAUGAUGAUGAUGUCCCUGUGGGCCCAACCGUAUCGAUAUUCAUCAAGAACUUGAACUUCUCGACCACAUCGCAACAGCUAACGGAGAAGUUCAAGCCAUUUAGCGGUUUCGUGGUUGCUCAAGUGAAGACAAAGCCGGAUCCAAAGCAUGACGGCAAAACCCUUUCGAUGGGUUUCGGGUUCGCGGAAUUCAAGACAAAGGAACAAGCUGUGGCAGUUAUCAAUGCCGUGGACGGCAUGGUAGUGGACGGCCACAGGCUACAGCUCAAGCUAUCGCACAGACAAGGCACAUCUUCUGCUUCCACGUCGGACAAGAAGAAGAUGAACAAGAAGAAGAACCAGGGCAAGAUCAUCGUCAAGAACUUGCCAUUCGAAGCUACCAGGAAGGACGUGUUCGAACUAUUCAGCUCUUUUGGUCAACUAAAAUCCGUCAGGGUUCCAAAGAAGUUCGACAAGUCAGCUCGUGGUUUCGCGUUUGUCGAGUUCCUCUUGCCCAAGGAAGCCGAAAAUGCCAUGGACCAAUUGCAAGGUGUCCAUUUGUUAGGACGUAGACUAGUCAUGGAAUUCGUUGAACAAGACCCAGAAGAUGUUGAGCAACAGAUCGAAAAGAUGACCAGAAAGGUCAAGAAACAAGUCAACACCACCAAGAUUGCAUCUAUGAGAAACGCAGGCAAGCGUAAGCUCGACCUUGACGAGUUGGACGAAAACGACGGUUUGCAAGGGUGA